GGGUCGGAAUUUUCCUUGUAAUAGAAUAUUGUAUUCUACCAGAUUAACAUUUUAUUCUAUGUCAAGGAUUAAACCGUGCCAAUGGCUGUGAACCAAUUUACUUAACUCUUCGCACUUGAAGAACGUUGGACAGAAGAUUGUAUUGCAUAGUAGGCCUGUUAUCAGCAAGAAAAAAUGCUACAAGUAAUUACAACUCCAGAUUAGUAGGUAAUCUAAUCUGGAUCCACAUAGAAGGAUUACUCUGCCCCUACCAUAAACACCUAUAUUUGUGAUCGUUGGUAACGUCGGUCACAACAUCGAAUUGAUGGUAAUUUGAAACUUCAGAAUACGAUUGGUGUACCCUGUAACUGAUCUGUGGCGGCAGCUUUCAAAAAAAUUCAGUUUCAACAUCAUCUAAUUGCGUGGCUCUCGAGUAAACUGAAAAUCAAGGGGAAUGAAGAAAUGAAUUAACUGUACGGACGAUGAUGUCAUUGCCCCGACAGGUUAUGAGCAGUGCGCGGCGAGGAUGUCAAGAUGGCUGCCACGUACAUCUGAUCGGAGGUGUGUGCGCUCGCGAAAUUUGACGCCAAACCGUGAUAAAACGGGCUGUGCAUUUCGGGUCCCUGACAUGCUGACAGUGCGUAGUUAGUCGGCCCAUAUCCAUGAGGACCACUUUGUACACCAUCGAUGAUAGUUCUUGUCGUCGCGGCCGGCGGCGGCUCGCAUUGAACCAUGUUCAGCAAAAAGCUACAUGUAGACGUCAAAAAGUCAACACUGAAGAUUCAGGAUGUUAAAAAGGAUAGCGCAACUCGGUUCAAGCAUCUUAAGAUCGUAUUAGAAAAUGUGGACACUGAUGAAGCAAAGGGGUUUUUCGAGGGCAACUUCAGUCAUGUCUAUUUUAUUCUUUACGAUUGUUUUGUCUCGGCUGAAGCAAAUCUCCGGCAGAGAGAACUUUCCUUCCACAUUGUGCAUAAGGCACAUAGGGAGGAAUUGGAGCAGGUAUUACAGCUCUUAGAGAAAGUUUUGACACUUCUCCCUGAGCUUCUUAACAGGAGAUGGCAAUGCCACAGUUUGGCAAGGAUUUUGCAAAAACUUUUACACCCGGGUAAUAGUUGGAAACUUCGUAGACAAGCUAUAAGGUAUUUUAUUCUGUGGUACCAAGCACUUGGUGAAAAUGCCCCAGAACAUAUACAUCAAAUGUUUGCAAGCUUGGUACCAGGGUUUCCACCCCAACAACCAUCCCCUUAUAAGUCUGAACGUAAACUGGAUGGAAGAAAUAAGCAUGCAAAAGUAAUUGGUUGUGAUGAUAAGGAUAGGAAGGAGUUUUAUGAUACACAAUUGUCACAGAGUACUUUCCAUGACAAUAGCUUGAAUCAGUGUCCAGUCACUCCAGUUGACAGUGGACCUAUUUUACCCCCACAAAGUGGAGAGAAGCCUCUUGAUAAUGAGACUGUUCGAUUUUUAGAAGCAUUACUUGAAUUUAUGGUUACUCAGGUUGUUAAAAUAGAAUGGCGGGAUAAAUCUUCACGACAGCACAAGACUUUCCAAUUUUUAUUAGAACGUUUUAAAGCCACAUACCUUCGUCACAUUUGUCCUGAGUUCGACGAUAAUUUCUCCUUGUACAAACCUAAUUUAGAACUGCCUACAAUGCGUAAACCAACGAAUCAAAGUCAGGAUAAUUAUGUAUUGUGUAAAGUUGCAUUCAUCAAAUGGGUUGCUAGUUUUACACACGUUGCUAGAAAAGAUGGUCUCUUCGCACAUCUUUCACAUAGCACAACUCCGAACGAAGAAAACGCGGAGUCGGAACUUCGUCGUGUUUCGGUUACACAAAAUUCAGCUGAUUCAACUUUACUGUCGCCUGAAUCAACUGUAUCUCAACAAGAGAACCAAAAUCAGGAGGAUAACACUGUUUCGGCUGUUACCCUCGUCAGGGAAGUUCUUUACGGUAACAGAGACAACGUGAACUUUGUACACGAGUUGUAUAGACAAGCAUUUCUUUUGGACUUCAAUCAUGCUGGUGCUAUCAGAAAGGCUAUAGCUGUUUAUAAAGAUUGGAUUCAAAUGAAUGAGCUUCCUCCAUUCAUGUUAGAACCAUUGGAUAGUCAUAAGGAUAGAGAUUUAGAAGAUACCUCCAAAAAGGAUGGAAAUGAUGUAGAUAAAAGUCCAUCUGAAUCUUAUCGUCAAACAAGAUUGAGAAACGAUUCGUACCUCGGUGCUAUACACAGAGAAAAUUUGUUUAUCAGAGCAGGAUUGCAGAAUGUACUCCAAGUAUUCAUUACGCAGGCUUCGAAUGUAUUUUUCUUGGAGAAUUUUGGACCGAAUGCAUCUCUGACGCUACUCGAAGAGCAGACGGACAGCUGUAAAAGAGUGCUAAACGUAUAUCGUUACGUUGUUAUGCAUUCUAGAUUAGAACCGGGCACUUGGGAACAAUUGCUUAGGGUAUUACUACAAAUAACGUCACUCGUUUUAAAUGAGAAAUCAUCUCGACGGAAGGUUCAAGACAGUAUUGGUGGCAAACUUGCACCCGCCAUAUUUCAAACGUUAAUUGUCACAUGGAUUAAAGCCAAUUUAAACGUUGUUAUUUCUACUCAGCUGUGGGAUCAGUUUUUAGAGGUAUUAACAUCUCUGACACAGUGGGAAGAAUUAAUUCGAGAGUGGGCUAAAACAUUGGAUACUUUAACAAGGGUACUUGCCAGGCACGUGUACAAUCUAGAUCUAAACGAUUUACCAUUGGAUAGACUGAGUGAGCAAAAAACUAAAAAGCGACGGGGUGUUGGAAGUCGUGCUGCGUCUACCGGAAGUGUCCAACCGCCGCGGAAAGGAAGCGUUGAUCAAGAAAGUCAUACAGUGUCUAAAGAAAAUGUUAUCGAUCAUCCAAUGCGAGACAUGAGGAAAGUACGACCUCUUCCGCGCAGUGCGAGCGAUAAUACAAUAUAUAAUGCAAAAUCUCGCACAAAGCUUCACAGAAAUCGUACUCACACUGUGCACAGUGGCAUUCCGGUACUCCCAUUGUCAAUAGAGCAAGAUAUGGCUCGGUUAUUAUCAAGCGGUUCUACAUCAUCGUCGGGACACACCAGAAAAAUGUUACCCAACAGACGUGCUAAAUCCUUGGAUAGCAUUGUCAUGGUGGAUAGCGAACCACCGUCGCCUCGUUGCCCAUCUCCAACGCCCAGCAGUGGGGUUGACAGCAACAAAGACAGUCCUAUACAAAUUGAAAACAUUGAUGGCAGUAGUAUUGACACUAAUGAUGCAUCAGAAAGAAGAUCUGUCAUGGCAGGUGGCGGAGUUCGUGGAUGGCUACCUGAUGUGGCAGUAGUAUUAUGGAGACGUAUGUUGUCAGCAUUAGGGGAUGUAAAUAACAUUCAAGAUCCCACCCUUCAUGGUCAAGUAAUGGAUUACCUUGUGCAGCUUACGCAAACACUCAUAAAAAUUCGUCUAAACCAAGGUGUAUCUGGAGACAAUCAAGCAACUCCUCCAGCUCCAGAACUCAUACCGCCAUUAACAGUCAUUGCCCCUUGGUGUUUUAAGGCGAUACAACUUCCUAAUCAAUAUGAAGUUGGUAAACUAGCAGCAUAUCGUUUGAUUUGUCUUUUAACGGUUCAGCCGCAGGAUAUUAGUUUACCGAAACAACAUUUAACUCUAUUUUAUCGUGCGGUUCACAACGGUAUCGUUAGUAACGACAGUAAAGUAUUACAUGUUCUUGUUAAAUAUACUGGACCAAGAUUGUUCAGUUUGAAUCUUCCUGGCUCCAGUCUACUGAUCUUGGACUAUAUUCACGCUGCUAAUAUGAUAUUAAGCAGUCAAGACAUUGGGGCACCGAGGACAGAGGCUGUUUCAAUGAUUGGAUCGUUAUUAUCAUUGCCUGCUACUACAGUAAAAUUACCUGUACUGCAACCUACUGCAACAGAUAUUGCAACCAUGACGUGUCCAGACGCAAAAGAACAUAUAAUUACGAUACUCUUAAGAAGCUGUAGACGUGAACCAACUGGUAUUGCGAGAUGCGUGGCGCUUUCAAGUAUCGCUAUGUUCGUUUAUAAAGAACUAUGCUACAGAAAUCAACACCCGAGGAUCCCAGAAUCCGUUACGGUUCUUCUUCUAGCACUGAGACGGAUGCAAGGAACAGAGCGUCGCAGGGCUGGUUUCUGUUUCCCCUUAAUGGAUCAGGCCAGUCAUGCUACCGUUGCCCAAGUAGCAUGUGACUCUCUACUGUUGCUAUGUGAUAAAGCGGAUAUCCUCUUGGAAUUGUACCCAAAUGUGCCAUCGAAAAUAAUUCAGAUUUUGUCAGAAACGCUUGGAUAUAUGAGUACACGAGAUAGACGCGGCCAAUUGAUAAUAUCGAUGUUAUUUUGCUUGGGUGAAUGGGCUAUGCAUCUAGGUCCGAAUGUCUUAUUACGUGUAUUUCAAGGAAAACCACUAUUAAUGACACUGUUCACUGUUUUGGAUAACAUAGUGCAAGACAAAGGUAGUAAAGGUUUGUCACAGUCAAGCAAAAGUCAUGAAGAUGAGGACAACGACUUUGAUCCUGAUAUUACUUUGGACAAUUUGGCUGACGAGACUAGCAUAAAAUCACCUCGUAGAGGCAAUAUUCAGUCUGUUCAGUUGGCCGCAAAAAUGGUAAUGAUGCAUUUAAUUAAUCACUUGGGACACUUCCCGAUGGGUAUUGGAGCAGCUCGCUUAUCUUCGUUAGUCGUCGAAUUGGAUGAUGUACCAGGAAUUGAUGGAGAUGAACUAUCAUCUGCAAUCUUUCAUGCACCAAACAUGCAACUGUUAAUGUUAUCGAACUCCGUGAUAAUGUCACUCGUUGAAUUGGCUGCGUUGGACGCACCCGGUGGCGGUGUCACUGCUGGAUUAACGACAGCUCCGUCGUUGGUUCGAGUUUUGUUGAGGGAUUUGGCAGGAAAAGCAUCAUGGGACAGUUCUAUCUUGUACAGUCAGCCAUCUAUUGACGAUGAUAUUCCAAUAGCAUUUACAAAACACGUUGAAUGGAAAGCAAAAUCACAUGGCGAAGAAUUAUGUAGCGUUACGACGCCUCAAACGUGUACACCUCGACACACGGUGCGACACCGUGAACCUCAUGUAUUACCUACAUUCGCAAAUGGUGCGAGUGAUAUGGAUAACUUAGAUGAUCUCUUACAGUACAUAGGGUAUACAAGCCCAGAAGUAUUAACCAAUCCAGAAAUAGCACUUAAUGCACCAGCAAAUCCUCCUCAGGGUUACUACCUCGAAAGUGAAACUAUAGCAACCAUUCUCAGUCAAAGGAAUGCAGAACAGGAGCAUAUCAACAAUUGGAAUCAGCAUAUUAGCAUGUGUGCAUCAGCAAUAAGUCCGCCUUGUUGUCGUCCACCUCCAGCACCGUUUCAUCACUGCCGCCUUCUUUUUUCGCAUUUGGGUCUAUCUGGUUGGGAACAACGUAGAAAAUUGCAUUUACUCUCGAAGAACGAGAAGCUAUUACGUGAAUUGCGAAAUCUCGAUAGUCAACGGUCUAGGGAAACGCAUAAAAUAGCGGUAAUCUAUGUCAGUCAAGGGCAGGAGGAUAAAAACUCCAUAUUAAGCAAUGUCACUGCAAGCAAAGAAUACGAGAGCUUCAUUGCAAGAUUGGCCUGGGAGAUCGAACUUGAAUCCCAUACAGGCUUUCUCGGUGGUCUUGUGCCUGGAAAAGCGUCUGGUGUCACAGCACCAUAUUUUGCUACAUCUUUCACUGAAAUUCUUUUUCACGUUGCAACGAGAAUGCCUUCGGAUAGUCAUGAAAGUUUACUGCAAAAGACCCGCCAUCUUGGAAACGAUGAAAUUCAUAUAGUUUGGUCUGAGCACUGGAGGGACUACCGCAGGGACAUCAUACCAACUGAAUUUUGUGAUGUUUUAAUAGUUAUUUAUCCGUUACACAAUAAAUUGUACAGAAUUCAGAUCUCUCGGAAGCCAGAAAUUCCAUUUUUCGGGCCGCUGUUCGACGAGUGUAUUGUAGAGGAUAAAGUUCUGCCUGGAUUAGUGCGGACAACAGCUCUGGCGGCUAGCAGAGCGAAGCGAUCUACGCUUACGUUGUAUCAGCAUUAUUACGAAGAGAGAGCAAGAUCCAUCGACACCGUUAUGAGAAAUCAUAAAGAAGCUACCACAUUCGAAGAAUUCACAGCCAACGUUUAUUCCCCGGUACAACCGCCGAGCCCGUUCAGUGGGGCUUCCUCUGUAUCUGGAUCUACAACAAGCGUGCAAUCCACAGCAUCGUCAAACCUCGCAGCAGCGCUUAUAGAUUCGCAUCAGGGUCGAUCCGGACUGCGAAGUUCAUCAGCGGCGAGCAGUGAUAACCGCGCGAAUAGAGGUGACUAAUUCAGUCCACUAACCCCCACCCACCUUGUAACACCAUCC